CCCGAGCCGGCCGCCUCCAUGGCCUCCGGGCAGGCCGGGCCGGGCCCCGCAAGGUCCUAGAAGCCGGGAUUCCGGGAAGCCGGGAGCAUGGUGGGGGUCCUGGCCAUGGCGGCGGCAGCUGCUCCCCCUCCCGUGGAGGACUACGAGGUUGAGGCAUGCAAAAAGAGAAGGAAAGAUGAUGACAGAUCUUCCUGCAAAACAAUUACAAAGUAUUUAUCACCUGUAGGGAAGGCUGGAGACAGGGUUUUCUCACCACCAAAAUCAAGUAAUAUUCUGAAUUAUUUUAGAAAGGCUUCUCCCACAAAUGAGAAGGCUCAGUCAGCAAGAGAGUACAAGAUAAAGUCAUCGGCACCAUUACCUGCUGACAAUGGCAAAGACUGUAAAACAUCUUUGGAACUGGUUUCAAGUAUAAAGUUUAAGAAGACAAGAAAGAGAGUUAAUUUAUCUCAUCAACUUAAUAAUAUUAAAACUGAAAAUGAUUCUCCAAUUGAAAUUAGUAGUAGUGAUGAUAGCAAAGAAGAUUCUAGUUUAAAUAGCGAUUUUAUGGAAAGUAGUACUUCUCUUUUGCUUAACAAAAAACAUGUAGAGAUAUUUGCAGAAAGUGUUCAAGAUAUCAAAAACCAAUCAAGCACUAUAACCUCCAAAAAACGUUCUAAGAAAGUAAAUACUAAACAAGGGGCCACAAAAAGUGAUGGCAAAAAUUUGAGAAAAAGGAAGUGCAGAGAUGUAAUAGAUCUAUCUGAAAGUUUGCCUUUGGCAGAGGAACUUAAUUUUAAAAAAGAUGGCCCAGAUAAUAAACAGACAAUGCCUUUCCUAACUAAUGAAAGUGAGAGUACUGCAAAUGAUGAAAACUCUAAAGAUAAUAUAACUAAAACAUCCCAGCUAAAUGAUGGCACAAUAACUGUCUCUUAUGAGGACUUUUUAAAAAGUCACAAAGAAAAUAAAAUGGAACAGAUGCCAGAUUCUACAAUGUCAGUUUGUAUGCCUUCUGAAACUGUUGAAGAUAUAGUCAGAAGUGGUUGUAUAAAUGAUACAGAGACCUGUGAAAUUUCCCAACAGGUACGCUUUAAGACAGUUACCGUUCUUGCACAAGUUCAUUCUAUUCCCCCCAGAAGGGCCAGGAGAAUACCCUCAAUUUUCUUGAAACAAAAGCAUUUGGAAAUGGAAAAUAGUCUGUCUGAUCCUGAAAAUGAACAGACAGUUCAGAAGAGAAAAUCUAAUGUUGUUAUACAGGAGGAAGAAUUAGAAUUGGCAGUUUUAGAAGCUGGAACUUCUGAAGCUAUAAAACCAAAAUGUACUCUAGAAGAAAGACAACAGUUUAUGAAAGCAUUUAGACAACCAAUAUCAGAUCCACUUAAAAUUGGAGUAAAAAAGUCUUCUGAUAAACAGAAAGAGCUCAUUGACAAAUCUUUAAAUGAGGAAGGAAGAGACAAUCCUAAAAACAUUAUGGAAAAUUCUAAUAUCCCAAUGAUUUCAAAUGAUGACAAUUCACAGUCACACAUUGAUAAAGGAAUAUUUCCUAAAAAGAGUAAAAAGGUGCAGAAAAAUGAUAAACUAUUAGAUACUGCUAUUAUUCCAGGUGAAAAUAGAGAGGGAAAGACUCAGAAGAAAGAAGCAAUUCUUGCCUUUAAAGAUAAACAAAAUCAAAAUAAGCUUAGGAUGACUUUAAGACAAAAGAAAACAGAAGUUUUCAAAAACACAUUAUUUAAUAGUGAAAUUUUUACUUGUGAAGAUAAAACAAAUGACGGCUCUCUAAAGACUUCCUCUCUGUGUAAGAAUAAAUCUUCAAGAAAAACCAGCCUGCCAGUUAAGGAUAAAGCUAUACAUACUAAAGCUAACCCUAAAGACAAUGUGGUAAAUGUUUCCACACCCAAAUCAACCAGAAGAUCUGUAAGAAGUAGCAGCACACCUAGCACAGCAAUCAUGAGAGGUACUGAUUCUGAAGAUGCACAAGAUGAUAGUCCAGCAAAGGCUUCCACUCCAAAAGCAGCCAGCUUCUCAGAAAAGCAUAGCUUGUAUACAGCAGAAUUAAUAACAGUAUCCUCUGAUUCAGAGAGCCCUAUAAGAAUGAAGUUCACCAGAAUUAAUACUCCCAAAAAGUCCAAGAAAAAAUCUAAGAAAAGAUCUGAGAAAUCUGAAGCAACUGAUGGGGAUUUCACUUCUCAGACAAGGAAGGUGAGCACUGCUUCAAAAAAUGUAUCAAAAGCAAAACAAUUGAUUGAGAAAGCAAAAGCUUUACAUAUUAGUAGGUCAAAAACUACUGAAGAAACAGCGACACCUUUAAGGCGUUCAUCUAGGCGUCAGAUGCUUCCUGAAAAGAAGUUGUCGGAAACAGAAGACUCUGUAAUAAUAAUAGAUUCAAGCCCUACUUCUUUAAAGCAUCCAGAGAAAAAUCAGAAGAAACUUCCAUGUCUGAAUGAUGUACUAGGAAAAAAACUUAAGACACCUAAAAAUGUACAUGGAAAAAUGAAAGUGGCUCCAUUAUUUCUUUCCAGAAAAACUCAAAAAACAUCUGAUCCUGUCCUUGGUUUAGAUGAAAGCAGUCAAGAUACAACUGAAAAAUCUCAAGAUUGUGAAGUUCAGUUUAAAGCAAAGCGUGACUUUUUAAUGAGUGGUUUGCCAGAUUUGUUGAAACGACAAAUUGCAAAGAAAGCUGCUGUACUCGAUGUGUACAAUGCAGUGAGUACCAGUUUCCAGAGAGUUGUUCAUGUACAACAAAAAGAUGAUGGAUGCCACUUAUGGCAUUUGAGACCACCCACGUGUACUCUCUUAAAUAAAUUGAAGGAACUGAAUACUAAAGUAAUAGAUCUUUCAAAAUAUGUCAUGGCUCUUGGUGAAUUUUCAACACUGAAUUCAAAUUUGAAAAGUAAUAAUUCUGCUAUUGUGCAGUUUAUGGGGAGAAGGAAAGAUUUGACUGAGGAAGUAAGAAAUCUUUUGCUGGAGGAAAUUGGGUGUUCAAAUCCUGAAUUUUCUUUGAAGAAAUACUUUCCUUUGCUUCUAAAAAAACGAACUGAGCACCAGCUACUUUCUGUGUGUCAUCCUAAACAAGAAGGUCCACAAUUGGAGCCAGAUGUCAAUCAAAAAGAAACCAAAAGGAAACGAGUAGAAACAGCAAAUCAUAAGUCAAAAAGAAAGAGACCAAAUGAAUACUCAGAAAGCCCAAAAAAGAUAAAUGGGAAGCCAGAAGAACUUGACAAAAGAAACAGCUCCAGUGGGACAAAACUCGAUUCGUCCAAAGAUCCAUUUUCUAAAACAUCCAGGAAGAAACAAACUGCUUCGAGUACAGUAUGUAAAGUGGAAACAGAAGUAGUUGAAGAUUGUGAUAUUCUGAUAAUACAUGAUGACGAAUCUACAUCGGAAAUACCUUCUGUUUCUGAUUCUGGAAUUGAAGACAUGCUGUGGACAGAAAAGUAUCAACCUCAGAACUCCAGUGAACUCAUAGGCAAUGAACUUGCUAUAAAAAAGUUAUAUAGUUGGUUGAAAGACUGGAAAAAAAGAGCUGAAUUGGAAGAAAGACAAAAUUUGAAGGGAAAGAGAGAAGAGAAACAGGAAAAACAGGAAGACUUGUCGGAGAGCAUAGAUUUUAAAGACAGUUUAGGCGAUGAAGAAGAGACUCGUCUUUGCAAUACUGUUCUCAUAACAGGGCCAACAGGAGUGGGGAAAACUGCUGCAGUGUAUGCUUGUGCUCAGGAGCUUGGAUUUAAGAUAUUUGAAGUGAAUGCCUCAUCUCAGCGCAGUGGUAGACAAAUUCUAUCUCAGCUGAAGGAAGCUACUCAGUCCCAUCAAGUAGACAAGCAAGGUGUAAACUCACAAAAGCCUUGUAUUUUUAAUAACUACAACUUAGGCAAGUCACCCAAAAAAUUAAACUCACCUAAGAAAGUUGUUACCUCACCCAGGAAAUUUUCUUCAUCAUCACCAAAAAGCAGUGGACCAAAGCGAGCUCUUCCACCUAAAACUUUGGCAAAUUAUUUUAAAGUAUCUUCCAAGCCAAAAAAAAAUGAAGAAAUAGGAGCACUUCUGGAAAAUAAUAAAGGAGUCAAAAAUUCUCUUGAACUGAAACAAAAUAUUCAGACUAAGUCUAUUGGUGCAACUAGUUCAAAUGUCAAAGAAUCUGGAGCUGAGGAACUCAACAGGAAAAAUGCAACAUGUCUUAUUCUUUUUGAGGAGGUUGAUGUCAUUUUUGAAGAAGAUGCCGGGUUUUUGAAUGCAAUUAAAACAUUCAUGGCAACAACUAAAAGACCUGUAAUCCUUACUACAAGUGAUCCAACAUUUAGUUUAAUGUUUGAUGGCUGCUUUGAAGAAAUUAAUUUUAAUACUCCUUCACUGCUAAAUGUUGCCAGCUACCUACAGAUGAUCUGCUUGACUGAAAAUUUUAGAACAGAUAUAAAAGACUUUGUAACAUUGCUAACUGCAAAUACUUGUGAUAUCAGAAAAAGUAUCCUUUACUUACAAUUCUGGAUUAGAAGUGGAGGUGGAUUUUUAGAAGAAAGACCAUUAUCACUUUGUCGAGGAAAUAGCAGAAGUGUACAACUUGUUUGUUCUGAAGAUGAUCCUUAUUCUAAAAAUAACCCUAAAAAUGCUAAAAGGAAUCUUACAGAUCUUCCCAAAUGUGAUACUGGCUGUGUUGAGACUUUGUUUGGCCUUAAGAACAUUUUUUCUCCAUCUGAAGACUUAUUUUCAUUUUUAAAGCACAAAAUCAGAACAAAGGAAGAAUGGCAUAAGCUCAUCCAGCUUCUUACCGAAUUCCAAAUGCAGAAUGUAGAUUUCUUAUAUAGUAAUCUGGAGUUCAUUCUACCAUUACCUGUUGCUGUCAUUCCAGAAACAGAAAACUUUGGUAGUUCAUCUGUAAGUGUGGACACCAGUAUAGGAACAAAAAAUAUGAAAUGUCAUACCAGGAAGGAUUCUGAAGGAGAGCAGCCAUUGAAAAAGUCACAAAAGAAGAAACAUAAGAAAAAGAUAGUAACUCUAGAUGAUAGUGACUUAUUUGACACUGAAUUGGACUUUUUUGAUGAACAUAUUAGCCUGUCCCCAGCACCACCUUCUUCAAAUUCAGAAGAAAAUAGAGUGAGUGACAUGGAAAGCAAUCCAGAGACAGAGAAACUAAAUAAAUCCAUUUCUCGUCUUCCUAAAACGCCAGCAGAAAAAAAAUGUUCUGCCCUCAUUUCUCAUUGUUUAAAUUCUCUUACUGAGUUCAUGGAUAACAUGUCCUUUUUAGAUGCCCUUUUAACUGAUGUAAGGGAACGGAAGGAAUUUAGUAAAAAUGACUUCAGUUGGACAAAUGGAAAGGUUAAAAGUGGACUUUGUGAUGAGUUUAGUCUCGAGAGUAAUGAUGGAUGGAUUUCUCAAAGCUCCCGAGAAUUAAAGGCAUCUGUAGAAGCUCUCAGCUUCACUAAAUGUUCUUCUACUAUUUCGAAAGCAUUGGAAACCUUGAAUUCUUGCAAGAAAUUAGAAAGAGAUCCAUCUGAAGAGCUUACUUUGAAUGUUUCACAAAGGCGCAACAAUGUGUACUUCAGUCAGUCAGCUGCUAAUUUGGACAGUGCUUGGAAGAGGAUAGCAGUCAUUAAAAGUGUGUUUUCUAGCCGAUCCCUUCUGAACCUGGGUAAUAGACAAGCUAGUAUAACUGAAUACUUGCCAACUCUUCGAAACAUUUGUAGGACUGAGAAGCUAAAAGAACAAGGAAAAAAUAAAAGAAGGUUCCUGCACUAUCUUGAAGGAAUUCAUCUUAACAUUUCAAAAGAGACUGUGAGCACUUUGGCAGCUGGCUUCCCUUAAUAUUCCACAUUAAUGCCUUGUACAGAUUGUGAUGUGGUCCUUAAGGCACAUUUUUAUAUGGAUUUUCAUGGAAGAACUUAAUGUAAAUUUAAGACUGUAUAUUUUUAUUAGUGUGCAAAUAUUUAAAUGAAAAAAGCUGAGUUACAAAUUGUAUUUAUGAUUGUAGUAGUAUUUUUUCCCUCUGGAUGUCUGUAUCAUCAAGUUUAGCUUUUUGGAGUAUUUUUUGUGAGUGAGCUGUUUAUAGAAGGUAGAAUUCACUAAAGUAUUUCUAAAGAUGUUUCGGUGCUAACUUAAUUCAUAGUUUUCCCUUUUCUGUUACUCUUAAUCCACCUGUCUCAGCCAAGUAUCAGCACUUGUAAAUAUCAGUCACCUCAGUGAUAUUCUUUUUAAAUAUAUUUACCCAAUGCAAAAUCACAUAUAUAAUACAUAGAAAACUUCCUAGGAAGGAAAUUAUGCUUAACUUUUCGAAAAUUAAGAUAAUCUUGAUUCUUUUAUUUCUAGUGUACUCCUCCAGCAAGUUUACCAUUGAAUCACUGAAUGUUGUUGGCCAAGUGAAAUCAAGAUUAUGAAUUGUAGUUUUCAUUAAUCAUUUUUAGCAACCAUACAUAUAUAUCUUGUCUAUUUUGCCAAUUUUAAUCAUUUUCCUUGUACAUUUUCCUUGUAUUUUUAUAUCAUGCUUUCUUUCAUAAAGAUAUUAAUGAUGUGAAUACAUCUAUUUUGGAUAAACUGGUAUUCAUUAAAACUGUAACAAACAUGGAUUCUGUUAUAAGGUUUCUAUAUAAUAGCCAUUUCUAUGUGAGGCUGCUUUUCGAGAGAAAAUAUUUUUAAGUUUUAAAAAUAUACAUUUUACUUAAAAUCAUUUUAUAGUCAGACGAUCAGGUAUAUCUGAGGUUUCCUUUUUCAAGUGUUUAUAUGUUAGCUUAGUAUUUUGUUAUACUAUCUUAUGAAUUAUAAUUCCAACUCAAAUGGUGAGGAUCCUAAUUUUGUACAGCUGAAAAAUAUAGAUGUAUACCUGUUUACAAAUAUGUAUGUUUUUACCUCUUAUUUA